AUGGCUGGAGACCUCGUCCUCAUAACCGGUGCCACUGGCAUGAUUGGCUUCAAAACCCUCACCAUCCUCCUCGAAAAAGGCUACACUGUCCGCGCCGCCGUCCGCAACCAAGCCGGCUUCGACAGAAUCUCCGCCCUGCCCUCCGUGCAAAAGUACAAAUCGCAACUCAGCAGCUUCAUCGUUCCGGAUAUCACCGUCCCAGGCGCAUACGACGAAGCAGUCAAGGGAGUCAAGUACAUUGUGCAUGUUGCGUCCCCGCUGGCAGGCAACACCAAGGGAACAGACUAUGAGGUUUCUCUCAUUCAGCCCGCCAUCCAGGGAACGGUGGGGAUCUUGGAAUCCGCGGUGAAGACUACAGGAAUAAAAAGGGUAGUAAUCACGGCUAGUGUAGCUUCAAUCGCGAGCAGUGCCCGUCUUGCAAGUGGUAAAGUCGUUGAUGAAAACACACUCGAAGUAGCCACCAAGGGUCCCUUUGCAAACGACUUCGCCGCCUACUCUGCCUCCAAAGCCCUCGCCCACCAAGCAAGCAAAGACUUCAUCGCAGCCAACAAACCCGCAUUCGACGUCAUCAACAUCAUGCCGGUAUUUGUGCUCGGACGCGACGAGACCGUCACGGAAGCAAGUUCCAUUGCCAAGGGCACAAAUGGCUUGUUAAUGGGUCCUGUGCUAGGCUAUGCGCGCGACUACCCUCUCAACGGAACGAGCGUCCAUGUCGACGACGUUGCGAAGAUGCAUGUCCUCGCACUGGAUGGCAAGAUUGAGGGUGGGCAGGACUUUUUGGCGGCGGGACCGGACUUUGGGAUGAUUAAUUGGGCGGAGGCCUUUGAGAUUAUUAAGAGGCGGUAUCCGAAAGAGUAUGCGGAUGGGGUGUUUGGAUUUGAUGGUAUUGCGCCGCCGCCAACGACGGUGUCGAGGGUUGAUAGUGCCAAGGCAGGGAAGGCUUUUGGUAUUGAGUUUAAGAGUUAUGAGGAGCAGGUUGUUUCGGUUGUGGAUCACUUUUUGGAGCUUUCUGGGCGUAAGUAG